ACAGAAAAGAAAGAGUAAUUGAUCAUCAGCUCAUAGACACAGAAAGGGUUCUUUGUACAGAGGACGAAAAUAUCUCUAGUGAGCUUUUCGGUCAUCUAAGAGAAUCAAACGGUAUCUAAAAUGUUUAUAAGGAGAGUUUAACUUUAACAGCUUUCUAAUAUAUUUACAGGGUGAUUGGUAUCUAGUUUUUGGGUCUUUAAUCCCAAACAUACUAGCUACUAAUAUCAGAAAUAGCUAGUAGUAGUCAACCAUCGACUUAUACCACCUUUCCACCAGGUGAUAGUCCAAAAAAUUUGGCCUCCUUUGAAUCUGGCACCAUUGCUACUGGUUAGGCAUGCAACAAUCCCAGGCUAGGGUCCGCUGAUUGACAGUGAGCGAUUUGGUACCAAAUCGCUCGCUGUCGCUCAGGGAAUAGCUUGGAACUGUUGCAUACCUAGUCUAAACUAACGACAUCCGGGAUGAAAUUGAAGUUUUUCAAAGAACUAACUACAAAUCAGUUAUCAUCAUCAUCUUAGCUUUGCCAAGCAUCAGUCUCGUUCAUACAACAGUCAAGGGCACCAACGGGAUGAAUACAACUCCAGCUGAACGCUACCAGAUCAUCUUAGAUCAAGCAAAUAAAGUUAUCCGCACGGCACAGCGAAAAGCAGCUGACAUCCGUCAACCGAUAAAUCUGACAGUUGUUGAUUCAUCAGACACCUUAACUGCAUUCAGACGAAUGGACAAUGUCUGUACCGCAUCGAUUGAUAUUUCAAUGACAAACGCGACGACAGUAGCACUUUUCAAUGAUUGGACAACUGCACCCCUUUACAACAGUUCACAGCCUUUGGGUGGAUCACUCUAUGGAUUGGAAGAAACGAAUGGUGGUUUGAUUGUUGUCGAAGGGAAACUGCCAAUUCUGGUAAAGGAAGGAAUUUUCAUUGGUGCCUUGGGUGUUAGUGGUGGAAGUGUACAGCAGGAUGUUGAAGUUUGA